AGAAUGGAAAAAGAAACCGUCAAUUAGUAGUGUCUGCGACAAGCGGGAGCCUCUGUAGCUCUCCCAGGCAGGUCCUCUCUCGACCCUCAGGAGAAGAUAGAGACACCUGUGAAUAAGCCUCAAGUACAACAAUCAACAUCCUCCGCAAUAUUUAGACUAAACCAAGAUGUCAGGCGUAGAACCGGGCGUUCCGCCCGCGCAACUGAACUACUCCGCAAGCGCGCCAGUAAUAAGGGAACCGCCACCAAUAUGCAUUGCAAAAGUAUUGUACCGGUAUAAAUCGCAUGAGACAUUUCCUUAGGCUUAGCAUGAGACAUGAACAAAUGUGUAAUGAGGAUUUGACUUGAGAAAGAAAUUUGUAAGGCAUGACAGCGAUGAUUACGAGUGCGAUACUCUUGCAAUGCAUAACCAACCAACGCAGAAUAUUUCUUGCCCGUGAAGACAUUGGAGCGUAUUAUAGAACGGGUUGCUGUUAUUUUGCCAGCAUGACAAAUCUCCUGAUCACUGGCGCAUGGGCACGCUUUUUUGCAAUACAAAUUUCAUCGUCAACAUGCACCGAAUCCUAUGAAAUACAAACCGAGACAAAAACUAAUAUCUAAACCACAGCGAGGGUACCACUCGGUCGGUUUCCGAAGGACAGUGGGAAAACGAGUAGCCGCCUCGCAGACAUCGAGAGACAAGCAAAAAAGUGCCCAGCACUAUGACAGUGCACAACUCCCCCUCGUCCCCCUCAUUUGUCAUGCAAAACAGCAGAUCCACCCUACCUUACCCUUCUCCCUUAGGCACUGCUUGCAUGACAAAUUCCGGAAGCCGAAACAGCACUAGAGUCGGUUGCGAAUUUGUCAUGCAAAAGCUGCAUUUUUGAUGCCAGGACUUGUCUUGCUGUUCAUGCAAUACAAAUCAUGAGGGCGAGAGGGAGUUGCUAGGCACUUUCAUAAGCACCAGGGAAAUACGACAAGGUCUCAACAUGGGCGGAUCCGGGAAAGAAAAGUAGAAAUGUUGGUUUUUUGAAGUUUUGUCAUGCAUAAUUCGCAUUGAAGAUGGAAUUUGUGAUGCGUGGCCGCAUGCUUUUCGACGUGUAACAAAAUCUACUCCACCAGCCGGGACGCGUGGCAUCAACGAGUCAUGCAGCGGUUUUGGGUUCGCCUUCAUGAAGGAUUUAUCCAUUGCAAAAACAUGGUGAACAUUUCGGUUUUUUUGCCUUACAACUACAGGGGCUCUAGCAUGAUUAGCAUUGCAAGAGGGAGCUGUCAUGCGCUAUGCGCAACAACUACAGAAAGAGCGAUUUGAAUUUUGUUUUUGCAGUGCAUAGAUCUCCAGAUGGAAGGGCGACGCAGAGGAUAUGGUGAAGAAAAGGGGAUAUCCUGUGCAAAAGUAUCGUACUCGUAUGAAUGCAAGUCUUGCAUUACAAAUCUUUUUCUUAAGGUAAAUCCGCAUUACAGCUUUUAUCUCUCAUGCUAAGGAAAUUUGCAAUGCAUUUAUACGAGUACUACGAUGCUUUUGCAGUUCAUAGGGGACCGCAGCCCGGGCCGGGCCAGUAUGAGAACAAGGAGGUACUAUUUUUUCCAUCUUCCAUAUGAUUUUUGUCAUGCACAAUCUGCACUUUAAUCGCGGUUUCUCAUGCAGCAUGUACAUAAUUACUGUAUGUAGAACGCAAAAAAACCAUUAAAAAAUCCAGUUCAACGUGAAGGGCGUAAAUGCGGUGAAGCAGUCUUUGUCAGACAUCAAGAGACCAGUCCUCGGCUACUUCCCAAAAGGCAAGAACCUCACAUUCCUCGACAAGAUAGGAAAGGGCGGUCCACCGGGACCACCACCAUCGAAAUACGGCGCUAUUACGAAAAGCGCGGUAUAGUUUGGGUGAGUUUUUUUGUCAUGCGGCAACAGGUACAUGAGACUUGCUUUGUGAUGCAAAAUGCCAGUACAAAAUCCAUGCUUAAGAAAAUGAAACCCAAUCACAGGUUGCCCGAAACAUGCUGGAGCCGCAUCAACCCGCUUAUCAAGUGCAAAUAUGUCUGUGUUUGAAAGAGUGCAACUUGUGAUGCUGUGUUUGGAUUCUAAAAAAACCUGUGUUGCAUGAGCAGCAAAAGGAGUCCAAUUCUUGCUACGCGAAGAGGGCAUUUUUCAUGCGGGAUAGGCAUCAAGACGGCCGCAAAAAAUCUGUGAUGCUAGGGCGGACAUCACGGAAAUCAUGCCUCAUGCGAAACGUGCAUGACAAGUUGCACCCUUCCAGACCUAGACAUAUUUGCAUUGGAUACCGCUCUGGCAUGGACCAAGUCAAAGACGGAGUCGAGGAAAAAAGCGUCUGGUGGUUCGCUGGCACCAAAUCACUACAUAUCAAAUGCAAAAAUGUCUUGGUCUGGAAGAAUGCAAGUUUGUCAUGCUUGUCUGGCAUGACUCGAGAAUCUGCGUUGCAUAGGCACGAAAAAGCUCUCUUACCUGUCAUGCAGAAACGCAGUGUGCCAUGCGGAAUACGUAAGACAUGGCAGCCAAAAAAUUUGUCAUGCAAAGCUGCGUAUUGCAGUGCGUCUAUCAUUCACUUUUAGCAUUACAAGUUUCCAGACCCAGACAUAUUUGCAAUCCAUACUACACCAUCAACUACAAAACGAAGGAUUUGAAGAUGCCAGCAUGCUCUUUUCCGAAGGCGAAAGACACAAAUUUUAUCGACCAGACGGUAAUACUAAAAAUAUGUUUCGCAAACAGAUGGUUUUUGAGACUGCCCAAGAUGGGGAGGAUCAUACUCAUGACAAAAAAAUUUCCCAAAGCACCAUGACGCAUGACAAAUUCGAAAAAAAAAAAUCCCAAAGGUCCGCGCAAAGAAUUGGCAGCCAGCACCUGGCAAGUACGAUUUGAUCAAGGUGGAGAAGUAUUCCCGAGGUUUAUCAAAUUGAAAAUAAACACGACAUUGAUGAUGUUGAUAAGUCUGUAUUGCAAUUUUCCCAUUUGAAACGGUAAUAUCGGACUGGAAUUCUUGCAACACAAAUUUCACAAUUUUGCAGAGUCAUCCUUGUUGUGUUUUUCAAUUUGAUACAUCGCAAAGUACUGCCAAGUCAACAACGUGGGGAGGAGCUCUCUGAACGGUUUGUUCUAAGGUAUCCUGUGCAAAAGUAUCGUAGUACUCGUAUUGCAAUCAUGCAUUACAAAUCUUUUUCCUGAGGUAAAUCAGCAUUACAGAUUUUAUUUCUCAUGCUGAGGAAAUUUGUAGGUUAUUAACCCAUAUUUCUAUACUUUACCAAUAAGAAUAAUGCAUUUAUACGAGUGCGAUACUUUUGCAGUUCAUAUAAGGAGGAGGGGAGCGACGUAGUGCUACCGGAUGAAGCUUUUCACGCGGCCUAUCGUUCGAGAAGGCGAUGAAAUAAUAGGUCUCGCGAGAGAACUCAUCUGAAAAUGAAAAAUGUAUCUAUACUAAAAUCUUCUUCAAAACGCAUCAACCUGAAACUACUUUACGCAUCUUCUUCAACAAGUACACGUAAUUAUAUCGUAUAGGAUCAUUUACAGCUUAUCCAUUGUUUCCUACUAGUAAAUCUUGCAACUGAUACUAUUUUCAGUACCCUUUGAUAGGGUAUUGAAACUCGUCCUACUUCUGAACAAAUCUAGCAAAAGGUACUGCACUAGCGAUAUGCUGCUAUACUGCUUAAAUAAACUUGGCAAAACUUCAUACAAUUUCGAGGAUAUUCAUAUUAGAAACUAGUACUCUGGCACGUGUUUGAUAUCCUCAAAGCUUGUCCUGUCAGUGUGGCGCAACAAGAGACGAGCGCCUUCAACUGUAUGAUUGAACUACCGGCGAAUCACGAGAAGACACCGAAUCGCCUCGGCCGUGCUUUCGAACUAAACAGUAUCAAGAAAAGACUAUGUACAUAAACGGAAAGCGAAAGCUUCGAAUCGAACCGAUCGGGGGCAGCUCAUGCCUUGCAGACUUGCUACAAUCUUCCGCUUUGGGAAUCGGGGUGAUGCUACUGGGACAAGGAAAUCAAA